CUAGUGCGCAAUGCGCUGCGCAUGUCCUGGUCGGCCGGGUUUUCACGUGUCACAACAUGUUUCGUGCUCGUGCUCUCGUGUGCCGCUCGUAUCUCUCAUACCUCGUGUUAUUGAACAAAGAGAUAUUUAUUGCAGAGAAUAUAUAGAAAAGUCUUAGUGAAAAUAUCAAGAAUACCGGAUUCUGUGUAAGUCAGUGACGCACCGCCAAAAUACUACUGAAUGACAACAAUCAUAACCUCAGAUUUUACAGUUUGUGUUGAUUAAACGAGAUGACUUUAUCAAAAUUUUGCAUCGUUCAUUUUAUGGAAGAAGAUACUGUAGAGGUUGUACCAGAUUUUUGGAUUAAGGAAUCAGCCGGAAUAUUGCAAUGUCAGUGGCCUAAUACAUCUUUUCCAGCAAAGAGUGUUAUUCGAAGAACAAUUCCUCAUCAAGAUUGGCCAGUUUAUCAAUGCAGAAUUCUUGGCACAUUUGAUGAUUACGACACAGCUCGUUUAAAUUUAAAAGAGGCUGAAGUUUUGUCGGAUUUUCCGUCGAAAAAUGUUCAAUCUAGCAAACGAUCACAUAAACGUAAUCCUCGAUAUUUCAGUGACGAUGAUUCAUUGAGCGAUGAAGUGAACAUUAAAAAGAAGAAACCAGGUUCCUCGCAUAAUCAGUCGGUUACCAAGACUUCCAUAUAUGUGUCAGAUUCAAGCAAUUCAUCAAACGAACAAAAAGAAAAUAGAAGGCCAAAUAAAUCAAAUAUUCAAUUACCUAAAGCUUUCGAAGAUAAACACAAACAAGUGCAGAAGGCAAUUCUUCCUUCCUAUGAAGCACCGACAAAAAAGAGUGCAACUUUGCCCAAGUCAUCUUAUUCUUCAUCAUCAGAAGAUUAUCGUAAACAUGUUGCUGAAGACAAUACUCGUCAAGAAUGCAGUAUGUGGGAUAAUCAAGAAGAUCAACGAGCAAAUUCGUCGAUUAGUAAACUGAAAUUCCAGACGUCAUCAUAUAUUGGUGAAACUGAAUUCGAAAAGCGAAUACUUCGUAGCAUAACACGGUUACAAAUUGACGUCAGAGAAAUUCGUGAUGUUGUUGAAAAAAUUUAUGAAGAGAAGUAUUUACGCAAUACACCAGAUGUCAAGAAAUGUCCUCAAAGAAAUAUCCGAAACGCACAGGAAGAAGAAUUGACAAACAUUUUACCAGAUUUUCCGUUAAAAACGUUAAAUAAUUGGCAGGAACUUGAAACAUUAUUGUCAAACAGCAAGACUGUGCGUGAACAGCUUAAAAACAUGUUUUUCAAUCGUGGAGGAAAAAUGGUGGUGAGCAUAUUCGACGAAUACUGCGAGCUAUGUUUGAGCCAUGUCUAG